UCUCACGGGGGUGAUGGUGGAGGAUGCGAUCCUCCACGUGGACCGUCAGAUAUCCCAGCUGAUUGUGAACGAGCGCCUCCAAACAAACGUGGACGCCAUAAAGGAUUGAACAUGCGGGAAAAAAGGGAACAGUUGGGGCGUCCUCUCCCUCUCGAGUGGGAUGUGCGGGGGAGAACAUAUAAAGAGAUCAGAGAUUACAGCUCAAAUUUCUCAAGAGAGCUCGGAUUACUUGUUCGACAAUACACAGAUCCGGACUGUCCUCAAUGGUCAAAAGUACCAAAUGCCUCGAAACAAAGAAUAAUUGCACAUUUGGAAGAUGAUUUGUUUGAUAUUGGGCGUACUAGAUAUGGAGAAGGGCAUAUGCCUGGGAUCUUGAGAGGCAUUGAUACUUCGUGUGCUAAAAAGUAUUCUGACUGGAAGUACGAUAUUAAAGAGCAUUUAACGAUUAAUGGGCCACAAAAUCGUUAUGGUGGUUGCACGGAUACGCAGUGGCAAAAAGCCAUUGAAUUUUUCCGACGCCCAGAAAUUACGAAACGUUCUGUGGUCAACAAGGAAAAUAGGAAGAAACUGAAAGAGCUUAGCUAUGGAGGUUCUCAGUCAAUCCCAGUGCUGCGCUAUAAAAAAGUUAGUUAAUUAAUUAUUUUUUAGUUUGUUUUUCUUAUUUACGUUU